CUCGUAUCUUGCGUCGGUCUUUGAGCUUUACAAGAAAUCCAUGACUCUCCAAUGCGUCUUGUGAAACUCGUUUCAAGACAUCACACACAGAGCCCACCAUGCCGCCCCGAUUACAUCUCUUCACCUCCCGGUCGGUGACGUUGAGACCGAAGACCUCGGCGCCGCCCAAAUCCUUCGCUCGAGCGGCCCUGCAACGACGGACGGCAAGCGAUGAUGCGUCGAAGAAACCCGCAACCACCCCAGUCGGCCCCGACACGCAAGGUCCAACGGUGGACCAGUUGCCACACGUAACGGAGGAGCAAGCGGCGUUGGACAAGUCUAUGGGAGAAAACCCGCCAGAUAUCGAGCAGGGAACACCAGUCCAGGAGAUCCUGAAAAGAGACAAAGACGCACAAGAAAAGGCCCCAAAGGUUUUGAAGGACGACUUGAAAAGAACCUCGCCGCCCGGUACACGGUCAUACUCGACUGCGGUGGAGAGACCGUUGCCGUCACAGCACAACCCGAGGGUCGAGUUUCGCGACAUGCAAGUCGUCGGCCUGGAUUACCCUGACGCCGGGUUCGGUCAUAAAUUUGUUUUACCCGACAUUCAAGCCAUGACGAAGUUGGACAAUUUUCGAAAGCGAUACGACCCGGUAGUCGACCAAGUCACGAAGAGUAUCAUGAGGCACGGGAAGUUGAGUAAAGCGCAAUCUAACAUGACCACCAUUCUCGACAUUUUACGGACUGCUCCUGUCCCCUCUGCCGCCGGGAACGAACAGAGCAGUACCGGCACCGAACGAUCCUUGGUGUCUACCGUGCCCCGUGAAGCGCUCCCUCUCGAACCGAUAAAGUACCUCACGGCAGCAAUCGACUCGGUGGCACCACUCAUCAAGAUCCGACAACAAAAAGGCAUCAUGGGUGGUGGCGCGAGUUUGCCCCUUCCCGUACCGUUGGGUCUACGACAGAGGAGACGGACGGCGAUACAAUGGAUCCUCUCGGCCGCGGAGAGCAGAAGAGAACUCACUUUGGCCGAGCGAGUUGCCAAAGAAAUCAUCAAUGUCGCCGAGGGUAGAAGUUCUGCGUGGGAGAAGAGACAGAGAGUACACAGGCUCGCCAUCAGUGCAAGGGCCAACAUCAGAAUUGCCGCUGGUGGGAGAAGAAUCAAGAAGAAGGCAGGUUCACGUUAGGCCCGUUUGGAUACUGUGGGGGUUUGGUUCUGAGUAUGAUAUUGAGUGAUCAUGUCAUGGUCGUUCAAUGGUUAUCACCGACUUGACAAUCAUUGAUUUGACGUGCAGGGGGGGGAUUUGAAGGUUGCCUUAUUAUGACAAAAGAACACCAAUGGAGCGCGAGAGAGAGACCCAUGGAGGACUCUGGCUUGAAAGACCAAUAUUGUAUUAUACAUGAUUACCAAAAAUAUAAAAAUCGAAAACCAUGUACUUGCUUGUGAUGCG